AUGUGCUGUUCCCUGCUGUCAAAAUUUUCUCCCUUACACCAUCAGAAGCUGACGACGAUACAUAGCACCGCCCUCAAACACUCCCCACCCCCGGGGAUAAUCGUCUCCCUGCCCCCAUCCCCCCACAGCCCCGACUACCCCACCCUCUGGUCGGGCGUUCUUUUUGUCAGGAAAGGGCCUUACGCCACGGCUAUCUUGCGGUUUCAGAUCUCUUUCCCGGAUGAUUACCCUGACUCUGCACCGCUGGUGACGUUCUCGACGGACAUUUUCCACCCGUUGAUCAGCCCGCUGACGACGUACGUCGGUGAGGAGAGCGGGAAGAAGGGGGGUGUGAGGCUGCCUCCUGGGGGUUUUGGACUGUCGCAUGGGUUUCCGGAGUGGUUUGCCGAGCGGGAGGGGGGAGAUGGGAUGGGGGGUGCGUUUGUUGUGGGUGGGAAAGGGAAAAGGGGACGGGGGGAGAGGAAGGUUAGCACGUGGGAGGUGUUGAGGUAUAUUAGGAGUACGUUUGAUGAUGAGAAGGUGUUGGAUGGGGUGCCGCUUGAGGCGGCGGGGAAUCCGGGGGCUUGGCAUGCUUGGAGGACGCAUAGACGGAUGCAGAAGGAGAAGGAGGAAACGGAAAGGGAGAGGGAGCAGACGGAGACCGACACGCCCCCCCCCCCCGCGGAAGGGGAGGUGGUGGAAAAGGCGGAGACGGUGGUGAGUGAUGAUGGGAGGGGGAGCGUGGUUGAUGCUAGGACUAGUUCUGGGAGUUUGGCUGUGCCGGCUACGCCCAUGAGCAGCAGGAGACCGGAGGAGUGGAAUUGGGAAGGGGUUUGGGAGAGGAGGGUGAAGAGGGGGAUUGCGGCGAGUUUGUCGGAAAGUGUGCUGUUUGGGGGAGCUGGGGGGCCGGAUGAGGUAAUCAAUUUCUUGCCGAUGGACGAGGCUGAGGUUGAGGGGGUCAAGCAGAAUCUCCUGAGAACGCUUGGCGCCGUGGUUUAA